AUGCUCGAACAUAAUACCACGGAGUUCCACAAUCACACGGUGUUCCUUGACACUCAUCGACAGCAACUUAUUAGCCAAGUAGCAGAUUUGGAAAAGACAGUUGCCGCUCUCACAACAGAAGUGAAAGAGCUUGUCGAGGAUUACCAGCAAAAUCUGGCACCAGAAGUAACGACGUUUACCAAGCGCGAAGCGGAAUUAAAAGCCUCGUACGACACACUCAAAAAAUUGCAUGAACGAUUAUGCACAUGGGCAAAUACACAAGGAAGGAGGGCCGGCCAGGGUGGUAACGAUGUCGCAGAGACAAAUGACGAUGAUGAACCGUCGUUUGGUCGCAAGGAAGACUUCCGUCCAAAGGCAACUGGUACAGGCUUCUCGGAUCAAGACUUGAUCGAAAAGAUCAAGAAACAUAUUUCGGAGAAAACGUGGCUGCUCAUGCUGGCAGACACAACCAAGGACAACUGGCCCAAAAAGUGGACUGAGUUCCUUACAUUCGCACUCCAGAUAUUCAUGUCACUACAACAAGAAGGCCACCAUGCCAAGGCCAAAACCAAGGACCUGAAUGCUAUAAAGGUUGAUGCAGUCAGGAAGAAGGGGAAGAGUAAACCGGGCAAAGCGCGAAGCGUACAAGAUGACAAGUUGGUUUGCACCAACUGCAAGAAGAACAAGCCCACGUUCUUCAAAUCGUCGAAACAUUUCAGCAAAUAUUGCACCGAUUGUUUCAAAUUGGACCAUGUCAAGAAGCAGGUCGAGAAGGAGAAGGAGGCAGCCAUGAAGAAGAAGGAUGGGAAGAAAAAGGACGAUGACAAGAAGAAGUCAAAAUCGUCCAAAACGUGA